CUAGUGUCGCUAUCCUUCUUUCAUGCAGAAAGUAAGUAAAUGAUAAUGUUCUAUUUGGGUGUGGACAAGGUUAUCAAUAACUAUAUAAAAUACGAGGUAAUAGUUAAUAAUUGUAUCACUUCUUAGUUAUCAACACAUUAAAACAACAUGAACUCAUUGUCCGUAGCUGUACUUUUCGUAGCCGUUGCUGCCGUCAGCGCUUCAGGCCUCCUCGGCCACGGUCUCGUAGCCAGCAGAGGAGCCGUUGAAGGCGCACUAGGAGGCCAAUGGAUUCCUGAUGUACCAGUUGCCGGACAUGGUGCAGGUAUCGUCGGUGCCGGAGUACUAGGUCACGGAAGUGCCAGAGGUGCCCUCGAAGGUGCCCUUGGAGGACAAUGGAUCCCUGAUGUACCAGUAGCUCAUGGCGCUCCCGCUGCUGUCCUCGCUGCCCCCGCUGCUAUUGCUGCCCGCGGUGUUCUCGGUGCUCCCCUUGGUCUUGGUCUUGGUCUUGGAGCUGUUGGACCUCUUGGUCUUGGAGGUGUAGGACCUCUUGGACUUGGAGCAGUAGGACCUCUCGGUCUUGGACUUGGACUUGGACAUGGAAUCGGACACGGAGUUUCCGCAAGAGGAGCUUUGGAAGGCGCUUUGGGAGGUCAAUGGAUCCCUGAUACCCACGGUCAUCAUUAAGUGUUCAUGUAGCUAAGAGUGUACAAUUUUCUUUUCUCUUUCUUUUUCUCUUUCUUUUUCUCUUUCUUUUUCUCUUUCUUUUUCUCUUUCUUUUUCUUCUCUUUGUAAAAUAGUAUGUCAAUUGUUGUAAAUUGUUUUGAAUGUUUUAUUAAUAAAUUUGAAAUAUUUUUUA